GAAAGUGAAACAAUUUCUUUGGCGAGCGGUCUCUAAUAGUCUCCCUUCCUUCUUAAAUCUCUAUAAGCGUAAGUUGUCCUCUUCGUAUUUAUGUCCUAUUUGUUUGGAGAGUCCUGAAUCAAUUGAAUAUAUGCUAGUCCUUUGUCCUUGGAUAGCGUCUGUUUGGUUUGGAAGUGCAAUUGGCUAUCGUGUGGAUUUGCAAAGUUUUACUUCUUUGGAUAGAUGGUUGGGCAGUCUCUUGACAUGGGAGAGUAUGUUCUCACCCAAUUCUAUGUGGAAGGAUCGAUGGGCAGUCUCUUUUGUCGGUUGUUGCUUUCACUUGUUGGCAUAUUUGGAAGGAUCGAUGUAAAUUUGUUUACAAUGAUAUCCCAAUUGUGCCUGCAGCUACUAGAUCUCGUGCUUGUUUGGCGGUGUCAGAAUUUUGGAAUGUUACAAAGAAGCUAGUUCUUGGGUCAGUGGGUAUGCCUAUUCAAAUUUCUUCUCCUCAUAUCCUUCUUAUUGGCUACCCCCCAUUUCUUCUUAUGUUAAGAUUAAUACUGAUGGGUCUUGGAAGUCUGCUUCUGCUAUGGCUGGAGUUGGAGUUAUUAUUCGGAAGAUUGCUGGUUCUUGUAUUGGGGGUCUUGUUGCUCAGGUACCAAGUUCUCGCUGGAGUAAUCGAACAACGAAUUCUACAACCCUUGCUAUACCAACACAAGAUUAUCCUCAGUGCAAUUUGCUUUGCUGUUCGAACUGGCAAUACAUUCUUGGGGUCCUUGAUCUGGGUUGAUUAUGCAAGGUGGGUUGGAAUUCAAAAGAUACGAGAUUAGAGCAUAGGGUAGAUUACAUGAUUGUUGUAAGUAAUUUUAUUUUUUGUGUGGAUAUUGAUUUUGUUUAUGAAAUUAUAGUGCGGUAACCUUCCGAUAAAAAUGCAAGAGAUGGGCAUUUAGAAAAUAAACUAGCAACCAAGAGAUAUCGCCUGUAUGCUUCCAUCCUGGUGGGGUGGACAAUCAGCCCAAGCAUGGUCUUCGCCAAUUAACCCAUUUGUUUUCUUUA